UGGAUUGAGCUCCACCACAUGCAAGCCGCAGAACAUGCAGAGCCUCACGCAAAUCUCUCGUUAAAUCUAUCAUCACUGCAGGCCCCAACCUUGGUUAACUUCCUUCUCGAUCGACCCCCUCGCAGGAAUAAUAUAAUCCUCGCAUCUUCUCUAAGAAAUUAGGCAGAGCUCUCGUAUCAUCGUCGUCAAGGCGGCGCACCGAUGGCGGCAUCCGUGCGCACAUGGCUGGUGGUGGCGGCGCUGGCGUGUGCCCUAACGCUGCUGCUGCGCUCGGCGGAUGCGCAGGCAGCCGGCCCUACGACGGCGUCGCCGGCACAGAAGCCCGUGUGCGUUCCGGGCGCCAAGACGCCGUGCCGCGUGGGCGCGCUGCCGCGCGACCCGGAGAACCAGGAGGAGGAGGGCAUGUUCAACGUCAAGGCGAGGGCCCCGAGCGGCGCGGGUGACACCGACAGCGACGACGACUACACCGACCCCGACCAGCCCAAGGACCCCGACCAGCCCGACGACGACGACCUCGUCGUUCUCGGUCACUGAACCAUACGAUCCACGGACCUGCCCGGCAUGAUCGAUCACGCUUGGCGACAGCCAGCUUGUAUGUUGGGCUGGCCUUGCAUGUGCUGUUUAAUUCUUCAGCUACUUUGUGGUUGCGCUCAUGAUGUUGUUCAGAGGUAUGCUAUUGUACGAUCCUUAGAACUUUGAAAAGGGCUUUCGUACAGUAAGAUUUGGUUACACGAAUUAAUCCCUAAUAGAUGAUUUCCCGCGAGUUGCGGCGAGAAUUUGUAGCA